CACUCACUCAAACACUCCCUUUGUGCUUUGCCCUUUCCUUUCUUUUUCUUCUCUUUACUUAGUUCUCGAACUGAUAAACUCAAAAACGACAUUGUCAGAUUUUCGAGACCUUAAAAAGAGAAAGAGAGAGAGAGAGAGAAAAAGAAAGGGCCUGUAGAUCUCUCAUUUCUUUCACUCCCCAGAUCCUCCUCCCUCUCUCUCUCUUUCUUCCUAAUGGCUGUUCUCAAUCAAAAAUUUUAACUCAAUUUCCCUGAGUCAACCCAACUCAACUCAUUUUAGCUCUUGCUUCCUUUCUAUCUUGUUUUUUUUUCUUUUUCCAUUCGAAAAGUUGGUUUAGCGUUGAUUUUGAGUUUACAAUGGCUGAAACAACAGAAACAAAGGCAGUCCCGGAAGCAGAAAAGAAGAAAGAACAAAGCUUGCCAUUUUACCAACUUUUCUCUUUUGCAGACAAAUAUGAUUAUUUCUUGAUGAUCUCUGGUAGCUUGGGAGCUAUGAUCCAUGGUUCCUCAAUGCCUGUUUUCUUCUUAUUAUUUGGUGAAAUGGUUAAUGGCUUUGGAAAAAACCAAUCUGAUUUGUCCAAAAUGACUCAUGAAGUUGCCAAGUAUGCACUCUAUUUUGUGUAUCUUGGUCUUAUUGUCUGCCUAUCAUCUUAUGCAGAGAUUGCGUGUUGGAUGUACACUGGGGAAAGACAAGUAAGUACAUUGAGAAAGAAGUAUUUAGAAGCAGUGUUGAAGCAAGAUGUUGGAUUCUUUGACACUGAUGCUAGAACUGGGGAUAUUGUUUUUAGUAUUUCAACUGAUACUCUACUUGUCCAAGAUGCCAUCAGUGAGAAGGUUGGGAACUUCAUACACUAUUUGUCAACUUUCCUGGCUGGUUUGGUGGUUGGUUUUGUAUCAGCCUGGAGGUUAGCACUGCUAAGUGUGGCAGUGAUCCCUGGAAUUGCCUUUGCUGGUGGCUUAUAUGCGUAUACUCUGACCGGCCUCACUUCCAAGAGCCGGGAAUCCUAUGCAAAUGCUGGCAUAAUUGCUGAGCAGGCCAUUGCACAAGUUCGUACUGUUUAUUCGUACGUUGGUGAGAGCAAGGCCCUUAAUUCCUACUCAGAUGCAAUACAGAACACGCUAAAACUUGGAUAUAAGGCUGGCAUGGCCAAGGGUUUGGGGCUAGGGUGUACAUAUGGCAUAGCUUGCAUGUCUUGGGCCCUUGUGUUCUGGUAUGCUGGUGUUUUUAUCAGGAAUGGACAGACAGACGGAGGGAAGGCAUUCACAGCAAUUUUUUCUGCCAUUGUUGGUGGCAUGAGUUUGGGACAGUCAUUUUCCAAUCUUGGGGCAUUUAGUAAAGGCAAAACAGCUGGUUACAAGUUGAUGGAGAUUAUCAAGCAAAAGCCCUCCAUAAUCCAAGACCAUUCUGAUGGGAAAGUACUGCCUGAGGUUAAUGGCAAUAUAGAAUUCAAGGAUGUAACUUUCAGCUACCCAUCAAGACCAGAUGUGAUCAUCUUUCGCAAUUUUUCAAUCUUCUUUCCUGCAGGAAAGACUGUUGCAGUUGUUGGUGGUAGUGGUUCAGGGAAGAGUACUGUUGUCUCUCUGAUAGAGAGGUUCUAUGAUCCUAGCCAGGUAUAUGCAGUUUUCAGACUGUUAAUUCUGUUUAAUUUUACACUGCAGCAACUCUCUCUCAAAGGGUUUGCUGGUGACACCGCCAAGGCACACGCCAAGACUAGCAUGAUUGCUGGUGAAGGUGUAAGCAAUAUCAGAACAGUUGCAGCCUUUAAUGCACAAAGCAAGAUACUCUCAUUAUUUUGCUAUGAGCUUCGGGUUCCACAGAAGCGAAGCCUUGGACGCAGCCAAACUUCUGGCCUCCUCUUUGGCUUAUCUCAACUUGCUCUUUAUGCUUCUGAAGCUCUCAUACUUUGGUACGGCGCCCAUCUUGUUAGCAAAGGUGUCUCCACGUUCUCUAAGGUGAUUAAGGUUUUUGUGGUAUUGGUGGUCACAGCAAAUUCUGUGGCAGAAACUGUGAGUCUUGCUCCUGAGAUCAUUAGGGGUGGUGAAGCUGUCGGUUCAGUGUUCUCCAUUUUAGAUCGUUCAACCAAGAUUGACCCAGAUGAUCCUGAGGCAGAGCCAGUUGAAUCAAUUCGCGGAGAAAUUGAACUUAGGCAUGUUGAUUUUGCAUAUCCUUCACGACCUGAUGUCAGUGUGUUUAAAGACCUAAACCUUCGAAUCCGUGCUGGCCAAAGCCAAGCUCUUGUUGGGGCUAGUGGCUCUGGCAAGAGUUCAGUCAUUGCAUUGAUUGAGCGAUUCUAUGAUCCUACUGGUGGAAAGGUUAUGAUCGAUGGAAAAGAUAUCCGGAGAUUGAACUUGAAGUCUCUUAGGCUUAAAAUUGGAUUGGUGCAACAAGAGCCAGCCCUCUUUGCAGCCAGCAUUUUUGAUAACAUUGCCUAUGGAAAAGAAGGAGCAACUGAAGCCGAAGUAAUUGAAGCAGCCCGUGCAGCUAAUGUGCAUGGAUUUGUUAGUGCAUUGCCUGAUGGGUACAAAACACCAGUAGGUGAGAGGGGGGUUCAGCUCUCUGGAGGUCAGAAACAAAGAAUUGCAAUUGCGAGGGCUGUGCUUAAGGACCCAACCAUAUUAUUACUUGAUGAGGCCACUAGUGCACUUGAUGCAGAAUCAGAAUGUGUACUACAAGAAGCACUUGAAAGGCUAAUGAGGGGCCGCACCACGGUGCUUGUGGCUCACCGUCUUUCGACAAUAAGAAAUGUUGACGGUAUUGGAGUAGUGCAAGAUGGGCGCAUUGUAGAACAAGGCAGCCACGCUGAGUUGAUUAGCCGAGCCGAAGGAGCGUAUUCUAGGCUCUUGCAACUACAACACCAUCACAUAUAAGAGUUUUGGUUGAAGCAACAUGGCCUUGUUGGGUGGUAAUUAUGUUGGGACCCAUUAACCUUAUGUUUCCAUCUUUCGUUUUUUUUGAAUGAUGAUAGCUGUAGAUAUUGGAAUGUGGACUGUAUCUUGAGAACCACUGCCCCAUUUCCAAUGGGGUAGCAAAUGCUAAAUUAUUGAUAUCUAUGGUGCAGAAGCCCCUUGUCUAUGCAGUUGGUCAGGUGAUUGAUUGGCUUUACUUGCCCUUUUUGUAAUUGAAAUUUUAUAAUACUAUAAAGUGAAAACCCUAGACACCACCUUUCGAGCCCU